AUGUCUUCCUCGGCUGAGGAGGCCCGCGACACUGCGGGCAAUCUAUCUCCCGCGACCAAGCCGCAGGACCGCGUACGACUCAACAUACACGUGCUGGGCACCGAUGAUUCGGGUUCAGAUGACCAUCUCUCGAGCGAGAGACGAGGGACGCCUCACGAGACUCCAGAGGGCCUAGACCGGGGCGAUACCACCCGGUCAGACCACCCUGAUCACCUCUACACCACGUUGGAGCGUACCGAGCCCAAGGACGACACCGAUGCGCUGGACAAGCCAUCGUCGCCUGGCUCCGCCGAGGUCAGGGCUACGCCAGCUGGAAUGCCUUCUGCCAGGCUGCCGGCGAGCCCUCCUUCGGCGGAAGCCUUCGAACGUCUCGACGUCUGA